GAGUUCCAUUACUAGGCCAUCACCUACUCAUUCAUCGUAUAGGCUUUUAUUGCAGCCCAUGUUAAAUAUAUCGCAUUCAUCCUCUAGGCUUUUAAAUGUGAUAAAUCUCCAUGGCAGGCGACACCUGAUUGCUGACUCUUUAAAUGGUGUGAUGAUCCCGAAUUGUUUGAUAAUAACAAUCACAAGAAGAUAGAUCAUUUACUUUUCCACAUUGCUAACCAGAAUGAUCGCACAGUUCUUUAUGACCUUUUCGAUGCAUUAAACUACCAAGUGGUGAUCUCCAUAAAUCAAUACGUGUAAGAUAGUAACCCAAAUGCCCAGCCAAGCGGCUCAUAUUGUGUUCUGCUGCAUGGACUCCAUCCUUAUCAUCCUGCCACGCUUACCCAUUACACUUUUAUAGUCCCUCACAAAAACCGACAAUAUAUUGACAAUAACACGUAGUGAUUUGUCUGUCUGUGAGCUGAUUCAUUAGUCCAGCACUCGGAGAUAAUUUAUUUAGGUUCUUCAAUACACCGAUUGUUCUGAGUUCAGUUAGUUCAGGACAUAUAUAAAUAUUGGGUUUGUUUGGGCUAUAGGGGUAUUUGGGGUUUGAGUCUUUAGGAGCUUUGAGGGUUCAAAAUGGCUGAUCGGAAUCAGGGAGUAAUGGGCAGAAUCAAUGAGAAUGCACCCAACUCAACUCAGGUUUUGGGUUUUGUAACACUUUUUGUAUCUGGUGCAAUCUUGCUGUUCUUGACUGGGCUCACAGUGGCAGGAACUAUGGUGGGAAUGGUGCUUUUGACACCUCUUUUGAUUUUGUUCAGUCCCAUACUGAUACCUGUGGGAACGGUGCUCUUUGUGGCAGCUGCAUGUCUGUUUUCUGCAGGGGGAUUUGGUCUUGCAGUGUUUUCUGUUCUUUCAUGGAUGUAUAAUUAUCUGAGGGGAAGGCACCCUCCUGGUUCUGAUCAGAUAGAUUAUGCACGUAUGAGGAUUGCUGAUACUGCAAGCCAUGUGAAGGACUAUGCUAGGGAAUAUGGUGGUUAUUUGCAGGGCAAAGUACAGGAUGCUGCACCAGGAGCUUAAUAAGUGAGAUGUUUAUUGCAUUAUAAAAAUAAUCCUAGGAAAUGGUCUUUGAAGGCGAAUAUGAAGCUUAAUGUGUGUUAUGAUCCAACUGUCUCAUCUCUUAAUGGAGAUGAAGGGUGUUUUGUUGGUGUAUCUGUUUGGAUAUAUGUAUCUUCAUUUAUGAUGUUAUGUUAAUCUUAGUUAUCAUUAUUGU